UUGUGGUUUCAGAAUGAAGAAUAUCUCAUAAAGUGGGCUAAUUAUCCCAGCAACUCCUCAACAUGGGAACCAUCAGUUGCUUACUAAUGACAUCAUCAGCAGAUUCGACAGGCCAGAUAUUUCGGAAAUUCGGCUGGCCACUGCGAGGACCCAGCUUAGUUUAUUUGAAAAAGUGUUGCGGGGUCAGGGUAACAAGGCAUCGCCGUACUCCACCGAUUUCGACCUGGACGUAUUCCGUUAUUUAGUGAAAGAUGUCCCAGUGAGGGAUACACGAAUCAUUGGAUACCCAGUGCCUGAAAUAGACGGUCGCCAGGUCGCCAAUGGCGACCAAUGUCUUGCUUGGGCGACCGAAAUUGGCACAGAACCAGGCAGUCACUGGCCCAAAGAAAAAUAUUUGGGCGACCGCCGAAAUAUGAGAGAAUACUAAACAUCGAUGUGUUUGUACUGUUUACUAUUAAAGUAAAGUACCUCGAGUUUGAAACCGGAAAAUAGCAGUACAAUCGGAGCGUCUUGGAUUUUUUCAUUUCAUCGGUUUACGGCACGGCAACAUCCGAUCGGCAUUUAUCAUGAAUGCGACUUGUUAUCUGUACUGCGAUUGGUCAAAGAACAAAUUCUAACCAAUGAAAAUGUCCGUUACGAUACCGGCCUGGCGUCACGCACCUGGCGUCACUUGGAAAGAAAAUGGCCGAACAGCUGAGGGCCGGUUGGGAAUUUUUGAAACGCCCAGGGGCCGCUUUAGCGGCGCCAUCCAAGUAUGCAAAAUAUGAGCAGAACAGAAAAAAUCGUAAAUUCCUUGAGUCGUGGAAGCAGGGGAGACCAUGGCUACGGAUCGAUUCUGAGUCGAUGACCUGCACGUGGUGUACGGAUGUUAAUGACCAAGGGCAAUUCACCUGGACUAGCGCCAAGGUAGAUACUCUGAAUUGCCACGAGAGUAGCAAUAUCCACACUCGCAGUGUCGACAUCAUGGCUGGAAGACACAGGAUUAUUACUGGUGUACCGACUGAAGCACAGAAAUCAAUAGAAUCGUUAAACAAGGCCAUUUUUGACAAACUAUUGUUGCUCUUUAGAACAGUGCAUGCACUCAGUCGUGCUGGUCGCCCAUACUCUGAUUUUGUUUGGAUGGCCCAGCUAGAUCAGGCUAAAGGACUGGACACGGGCAGCACAUAUUUGAACAGCAAUAGUGCUAAAGAGUUCGCUAAAUAUAUAGCCAAAGCGGAACUAAAUAAAAUUGGUGAAGAAAUCAAAAACUCAAAAUUUGUAUCGAUUCUCUCCGAUGGAAGCACAGAUACAAGUGUCACUGAAGUGGAAAUUAUAUAUGCCAGAUUGUGCAUUGGUGGAGAGAUCAAGGUAUGACACACACACACGCACGCAUACGUGCGGUUUCUGAUCAUGAGCCUACGCCA